CUACUGGAAAAAACUGUACCAGCACGGAAGAUACCUUUUAGUGUUUAAAACAAAGUUAUAUCCUGUAGCUGUAAAAUGAUUCUGUCGCCUUUGAUCAAAAACCGCACCCCAAGCAAAGCUGUAAGCUACAGCUUUAUAGUGUAAAUAUAUAUAAAUUUUGGUAAAUAUUUAUUUUUUUAUUCCUAUCUUUGGUAGGAAUCUCUUCAUAUUCAUUUGACCUCAAAAUACUACUUAUCACGCUUUAUCAAAGCUAGCUAAUGUAUUUAUGUACGAGGGUGGUCUGAUAAGUACUUAGCCUCACCGCCCGAUGGUGCCAAAGGAGAUUUACUAUCGUGUAGCUCAAUCUUUUAGACGGCUACUGUCAAAAUUUCAGCCGAAUCAGACUCGUACUUUUUUUUUGUGACCACGCGUGAAAGCGGGCUUGUCCGCCGAUUUUAUACAAAUGGAAAAUAAGUAAUAUCGGGCUGUGAUUCGAUUCUCAUUUUUGGAUGGGAAAUCGCGGAGCGAAAUUAAAGAGCGCUUGGAUGCUGUGGCGACCGUCAAAAAUUGGUUUCGCCCGUGUGCCCCGAAAAUUGCUUCAACGGAGGACAACAUAACAAAAACCCUCGAUCUCGUAUUGGCAAAUCGCCGAUUAAAGGUGCGUGAGAUAGCUUAAUCAGUAAGCAUCUCAAAAGAACACGUGGGUCAAAUCCUGCAUGUGAUUUUUGGCAUGAGAAAGCUGUCGGCGUGAUGGGUGCAGCGUUUGCUCACUCCGGACAAAAAGCGCAACAGUAAAACCACUUCAGAGCAGUGUUUUGACGCUGUUUAAGAGCAAUCCGAAGGAGUUUCUGUGUCGUUUUGUGACUGGCGCUGAAACAUAGAUCCAAUGGUAGACACCAGAGAUCAAGGAACAGGCGAAAAAGUCGACUUUACCCGGCGAACAUGCUCCGAAGAAGGCGAAGACUGUAAUCGGCUCACACCACCGCCGUCGCCACGGCCAAAUUGGUCGAAUUGCACUGCGUACUGCCCCAUCCGCCGAAUUCUCCAGUCUUGGCCCUGAUUGAAAAAAGUCACUUACCGGACAUACAUUUGAGAAUGAGAAGGGCGUCGCCGCCACGACGGCCUACGUUACAGACCUCGAGAAAACGUAUUUUUCAGAUGAGUUAAGGAACUUGGAGCAUCGGUGGGUCAAGUAUAUCGACCUAAAAGGAGACUAUAUUGAGAAAUAAAUCGCCACUUUUCAAAAAUUUUGGUUUUUUGUUUUGUAGGCCAAGUACUUAUCAGACCACCCUCGUACAUUCAUUUAACGAAACCUUAUUUUCAAGAACCAACUAGAAACAUAAUAUCCCCUCAAUCCCUUAUAAGGCUUCCAGGACACAGCGAAAGUAAAAGUUACAGUUAAAUUACAGGGAAUGAACACAUCAAAUAUUUUCCUUCUGACUUUUGCAGACUUUCCUUUAAUAAAUGAGAGAAAUUCUAAGUCCGCAGACUACACGAAAAACGAGCCGGAAUUGUGAGUCGCAGCUACGGCCGCGGCUAUACAUUUACACCCGAUACUCAGUCAGUAUGGCACUCCUCCGCCACAUUGAACGACAAAUAGGUUGUGAGAGAGAGACAGAAAAUGAGUAAGCGCGUGACUACGCUACCGAAAACAAUGUAAUAUCAUUUGUUCCUUCUGGCUAUCUAUCCGAUCUGAUUUCGCAUCCUGGAAGGUAUGGGCAUUCUAUACGAUUCUGCGUUUUCGGCUUUAGCAAAUUUUUCAAAAUUGUGGGUGCCACAUAUUUUUGUCCUUGGUGAAAUUUUGAAAUACACUUGUACCAGCACAGGAGUCUGGGAUACAACAAUUGGAUUCUCUAAGAGCUAGAGCUGGAGUCUCUGAGAUCUGAGAUCGAGACGGACAGAAAGACAUUCUGUAUCGACUCUGCUAUUGAAGCUGAUCAAGAAUAUAUAUACUACUUCAUGGAGUCGGAAACUUCCUUCCAAAAAUAUAAUAUAAAAAUGAAUCGCUGCAUGUUUUACAAAGUAAAAAUCUAGGGAGCAGCUGAACCAAUUGCGCUAAUUCUUUUUUUUUAAUAUUCCUUGAUGUACAAAAAUGUUUCUUACGGAGAGAAAAUUUCAAAAAAUUCAAAUCUUAAUUUACAAAAAGGUGAAAAAAUUUAUAAUCAGGCAUUGAUUUCCAUUGAGGAUAUGUGCUUGAUGAUGUCAAACAAGCUAUUAUGCCAAUUGGGGAUGGCCGCGCCUAAUCGCCCAAUGCAGGAUGCUUUUAAUUAAGAGUUACAACAACAAAAAGUCGUAUGAUCUCAGUACUUUGAAAGAACCGAUUCAAAUAAAUCUUCCACUAUUAAACAAAGAAUAAAAAUAAUGUAUUUGAUAGUCUUAUGAAAGUAAUAAAUGAUGGAACUGGAGGGAUUUACUUCUUCGACUUCUAAUUCGCUCAAAAAAUGAAAUUGCUCUAGUUCUUGCUUCAUUCUACCCCAUUCAGCUCUAAAAUUGCCAUUGAAUAUGCAAUGCAACGAAAUUCCAACCUGUAACAUUUCCAAAAAUUCGGCAAUGGCAAAGCUUUUGCAGAAAUGUUCACUAAUAGUAUGGGAUGAAUGCACGAUGGCGCAAAAAAAGUCUUUAGGGGCUUUAGAUCGAACCAUAAAGAUCUACGGAACGAACAGAAUCAACUUGCUGUCGCAGGAGUACCGGAAGGCAGCGUGUUUGGGCCGACACUGUAUUGCUUAUUCACCCACGACAUGCCAAAUCCCUUUACGGUCCGAAGGCAAACAGGGCAGGCCCUCAAGGUGGUAACAUUUGCUGACGACACAGUAGUACAGAGUACUUUAAGAAUUGACUAGCCCUGGUGUCUUCUUGGUUGGGAAACUCGUGGAGCUGCAUACGAAGCACACAUACCUCAGAGUUACACUGGAUGCACGUGUAACUUUCGACAGUCACAUCCGUAGCGUGAGGAGCAAGGUGGUGGGUAAGGCCCAGAAAAUGUUCUAGCUACUUAAACAAAGCAACAAGCUCAAUUUUAAUAACAAAGUCAUGAUCUACAAUGCCAUACCUGCCCCUGCCUGGAAGUACGGCAUUCAGUUGUAUGGGAUUGCCGCCAAGACUAACCUCCGCUCUCCGGAGCUGAGUGGAAUAUCCGUAACUGGGACAUCGCCAAGGACCUUAACGUACAAUCAAGCGAAGAGCCAUAUUUUUAAGCUCAGAAGCCACCCUAAUGUACUGGCGAGGCGUCUUGCGAUAUCCAGAUACCGGCGUAGGCUGGCCAGAAAACACCCAGUCGACCAGCGCAACAGGAUGAUCUAUGAGGAGCUCUAUCCUAGAAACUUGGACCUCCAAAUUCUUCGACCUUGAGGACACGCAUGUUUUUCUUUUUUUUUUUUGACUUUUUUAACAGUAACAGCAAACAACAUAAUUUGAAUAAUUCAUAUUAGAGAGAGAGAUUAGAGGUGCCUGGCGGCCAGGUGCCAAAUAACUAACGAAUAACAAAGCUUACAAAUUUAAAAUUGAGAAUUUUUCGCGGUGUAUUUUUCUAACAUUUUUGCUUUGAAAACUCAGCAAAAGUCGAAAAAAUUAAUUUCUUAUGUUGGUUGUUUGUUUUUUACUGACAUCCAAUUAAUGUAUCUAUGCAACAAAAACACAAGGAAUGCAUUGACUUCGCCUUUUCUAGAGUUUUCAAAGUCGAAAUUUUUGAAAAAUAUACCACAAAAAUGAUACAUUUUGAAUGUUAAAUAUUUUUCAGCUUAAGCUAGGUUAGGAUUUAAAGCUGCAUUUAUCUGCUUUUUAGAAUUGCAAAGUUCAAUACAACCAGAUGUAAUAUACUUAAGUUAUGUGAAAAAAGGACUACCUCUGGCAAAAAUAGUAAAAAAAAAAUAAAUAUCAAACUAAAAAACUACACCCAGAAAAAACUUAUUAAACAGUUUUAAGACCCCAAAUCCUUAAAAAAAGUCGGUUUGGUUCACACCGGAAAUGUGUUGCAUAGUGUCAUCUGCGUAGCUGUAACAAAUAUGUACAUACAUAUGUAUGACUGUUCGUUGUCUGUGACAACGAAGGCUUGCCAUAACAGGAAAUGUUUACAUGCCAGAGUGCUUGGAUGUGGGGUUAUACUCAAACAAAAAUCGAUUGUUUUUGUUUAUAUUUCCUACAAUAGUCGAAAUGGAGGAAUUGAAAAAAUUUGGAUUGUUCAUAGACGAUAUCUACAGACUGCGAGUUCAGGAUCCCAGCAUUGCCACUCAAAAAAUAGAGCUGAGACAUGAAUGCCUGGAGUAUUCAAGAAACCUUCAACAGUUCAAAAGAUUAAUUCAUGACUUCUAUAAAAUAUCAAAUACUUUUGCUAAAGACGUCGAAGUGGAAAAGCUCCGUGCAAUUGGGACACAAAACCAACUUAAAUCAAUGUCGCAGCAGCGACAAGCUGAGCAGCAAGUCUGUCAGAGCAAGAUUUUGGAACAGACAGUCAAACUAGAGCGUUUGAAAAGCGAGUACCAGUACUUGCAACGUACAGAAACGGAGCAGCAGGAAAUCAUAAAUAAUUUUUUAUUGAAUCAAUAAAAACAGGUGUAUAAAAACUUUUAAA